CAAGAAAAGACCUCCCAUCGUCUCUGAAGUUCCUUAUUUCAAACUGUUUAAUGUUUGUUAUCUUCCUUAUUGUGAGGAAUAUGUUCAUAUAAGGUCACAGCACCGAUCUGAGGGCGACUCCUGGUCGAGGUUUAACAAUCUUCUCUCCUCCUCACAUCGUUCAGUGACUCGUCCGUCUGCAGAGAACUCAACACGUCUGACGACUUCUCCAACCAAGGAGAUGGCCGCCCGGAGCCGGAUCACGGUUCUGCUGCUGCUCUUCCUCCUGUCGACUGAACACAGUUUUGCUGUGAACCUGAACGAACUCACAUCGCUGGUAAAAGAACUCUUGAACAGGUACCCUGUAAAAAAUAUGUUCAGUCUGGCCGUGAGUAUCCCGCAGAACCAGAACCAGAACCAGGGCGCUAACCGAGGAAUUGAGGAAGUCCUUAUUAAGAACCGUGCUGACGACGUGAAGAACAAGAUCAAGAUGAAGGAAGUUUAUGUUGGCUACAGGAUGGCUGCAGCCAAGCCUCUGUGGCGGGAAAAUGAUGUUGAUCAUGCAGAGUCACGCGUUGUGGACGUAUUGGACAAGGGUCCUGAAUUUCAGGAUGAUUUGUUGCUUUUCUAUGUUAGUUCCUCCCCAUGUGAUCGCAAAUGUACAAACGAAGAGAACGAGGGAAACAUCCUUGAAAGGAUCAAAGAUAUUAAGAAGUGGAAAGAUCACGCAUUUGUGUUUUCUAAAAUAUUCCAACCCAGACAUGGUCGGCCGAUCCCAGAAACAAAGCACAGGGAUUCCCUUGAGCGACUCGGAGAGCAAAUUGGUCUAGAAAACAUCUUCCGCUGUGACAGAGAUCAAAACAAACAGAUGAAGUGUGUCUGCUGCUCAAAUGAUGGUCAGGUGGCACAGACAUGUGUGUCAGACAAUCCGGAAAGGGAAGGGAGAAGAGUUAAAGGAGGGAAAAGGAGAAGAGGAAAAGGAGGACGAGGAGGGAAAGGAAAAGGGAGCAGGCGAGGGGGGAGAAGCAGAUCACAGGGUUUGGACCAGGACUGGAUUUUUGUCUCAGAUUUUUGAGAAGCAUCAAAUGAACCUUUUCUGAACGACAGGACUGAGUCUGAGUUUAAUACAACUAGCUUUGCUAACAUGAUCAUGUGAUAAUGCCACGAUUAGCAC